AGGCAGCAGUGGUGUGUUCACGCCCCCUUGAAAACCCCUCCUCCCGCAGAGCAAAUAUGUGGGGUAUGUGGCAUUUGACGAUCAGUGUAGUGGAGCUCCGCUGGACCUCACCUGCGUUACAAGGAAAAUACGUUAAGGACCGCGCAACAUGCCGAACUGGGGAGGAGGCAACAAAUGCACCAAGUGCUGUGGGACAGUUUACCACGCCGAGGAAGUGCAGUGUGACGGAAAGAGUUUCCACAAAAGCUGUUUCCUCUGCAUGGUCUGCAGGAAGGGCUUAGACAGCACCACGCUGGCUAUUCAUGACCAGGAGAUUUACUGCAAGUCGUGCUACGGCAAGAAGUACGGCCCCAAAGGCUACGGUUACGGACAGGGGGCGGGAACACUCAACAUGGACCGAGGAGAGCGGCUGGGAAUCAAACCUGAAGAGACACAGACUCACAGACCCACCACCAACCCCAACCCGUCCAAAUUCGCCCAGAAGUUCGGAGGCUCAGACAAAUGUGGCCGGUGCGGACAAUCGGUCUAUGCAGCGGAGAAGAUCAUGGGGGCAGGCAAGCCAUGGCACAAGAACUGUUUCCGCUGCGCAAAAUGUGGCAAGAGCCUGGAGUCGACCACCCAGACAGAGAAAGACGGAGAAAUCUACUGCAAAGCGUGUUACGCCAAGAACUUUGGGCCCAAAGGCUUCGGUUACGGCCAAGGAGCUGGUGCCCUGGUCCACGCUCAGUGACGGAGCUGAGCUGCAUGUCACCCUCACACAUUCCUCUGUGCUCACCCUUUACUCUCUUCACUCGUUUUUUCUACCCCUGCUGCUGAAAUAGUUGCUCGCGACACAAAUAAAAACAUUAAGAAACCA